CUUCAACUCUCCGUCGUCGACCUUGUGCAGCCCGCUCCCAGACCGCAAGCCGGAAGCCCCUCACCCCUCCGCCGGAUUGACCUUUACCUAGUCAAUUGCAAUCGACCCUUCUUUUCGGAUCCAAAUUCACCAGAUCAACCGUCACCAUGGCCCGCCGCGAGUCCCGCUUCAACCAACAGGUCCUCAUCGACACCACGCCGAUGCCCGACCACAUCCCCAAGGUGGAGGAGAUCGGUGCGACGUCCGCCCCCCUGUUCAGCGCGUCGUUCUUCAUCGGUGACCGGUGCCGCGCCUACAAUGAUGACUUUAUGAAGUGCAAGGCCGAGGCCAAUGGUCGGGGUGAGCUGGAGUGUCUGAAGGAAGGGCGGAAGGUGACGCGCUGCGCUGCGAGUGUCAUCAAGGACAUCAACACCCACUGCCUCAAGCAGUUCACCAACCACUGGGAAUGUCUGGAGCAGAACAACCACCGUCUCUUCGACUGCCGCAAGGACGAGGUGGAGAUGAAUGCUUGUGUGUUUGACAAGCUUGGCCUCAAGAAAACCAUUCCCGACGCUCCAAAAGAACUCACCCCCGUCCACCUGCGUCAAACACAGAUCUUCUCCCGCUAUCCUGGUAAGCAGUGGCGGGCGAACGAGGAUGGGUCGCCCAUCACGGACUACCACAAGGAGAAGGCCUAGACUUUUUCCCCCUCCGCUGUUCUCCUUGUUUGAUAUGGGUCUUUCUCUCUGCUGCUCCUCAUUUUUCUCUUUUUUUAAUCCCAAAGUGUUAUUCCACUACGAUUUCCGACGGGAAUGCUUUGUCGUGUGUAUGUGUGUGUAUAUAUUAGCAUCAGGAAUGUUGAUUCGGCUUGGAUGACGA